GAUUGUAAAGCUGUGUGUUUGCAUGUGCAGCUCCACAUGACUGUUUUUCUGCAUAGAAGCAUCAUUAGGAGCAAUCCCCCUUUACUGGGAUCACUUAGACACUUCCAGCUGGUGGCAAGGGGAUAGUGCCGUCAAGCAGCACACACUGCUUCUGCUGUCUUUUUUUUUUUCUCCUCUCUUUCUCUAUCUCUCUCAUUGUACUGAUACAUAACAAUGACAGGGAAGGCUUCAGGUACUGGAAGGUGAUGGAAAAGAUGUAAGCACUGGAUCUGUACAUGGUUCCCCUCCUCAUCCUGAGCCUGCGUACUGGCUUCCCUGCUGUAUCACUCCAUUUAUUGGAGUCCUCACUGUGAAUCUGGAUAGAAGGUGCACUAGGGUAUACUACCUUCUUCAAGGGCGCUUUUCAUGGGAUAUUCUCUCUAACAAUGGCUCAUGCAGCAUCCCAGUUAAAGAAGAACCGGGAUUUUGAAAUUAAUGCAGAGGAGGAAGCUAAGGAGAAAAGAAGGCACAGGAAGCGCUCUAGGGAUCGAAAGAAAAAGCAGUCUGACACAAGUGCAAGUUACUUGAGAGCUGCCCGGGCUGGUAAUCUAGAAAAGGCCCUUGAUUAUUUGAAAAAUGGAGUGGACAUUAAUGUUUGCAAUCAGAAUGGGCUAAAUGCUCUCCAUCUUGCAUCCAAAGAAGGGCAUGUUGAAAUAGUUUCGGAACUCAUUCAACGAGGUGCUGAUGUUGACGCAUCUACAAAGAAAGGCAACACUGCUCUUCACAUAGCAUCCUUAGCGGGACAAGCAGUAGUAGUGAAAGUUUUGGUAACAAAUGGCGCUAAUGUUAAUGCACAGUCUCAGAAUGGCUUUACACCACUGUAUAUGGCAGCACAGGAGAAUCACUUGGAUGUUGUGAAGUUUUUGCUGGACAAUGGGGCAAGUCAGAGUCUUGCUACAGAGGAUGGCUUUACACCCCUGGCAGUCGCUUUACAGCAGGGCCAUGACCAAGUGGUAUCUCUGCUUCUGGAAAAUGACACAAAAGGAAAGGUUCGUCUUCCGGCACUCCACAUCGCUGCCAGGAAGGAUGACACAAAAGCCGCUGCACUUCUCCUGCAAAAUGACCACAAUGCCGACGUGGAAUCCAAGAUGGUGGUGAAUAGGACAACAGAGAGUGGCUUUACUCCGCUACACAUAGCCGCGCAUUACGGGAAUAUUAACGUGGCCACCCUACUACUAAGCCGGGGUGCAGCUGUGGACUUCACUGCCAGAAAUGACAUUACUCCCUUACACGUGGCUUCCAAGAGAGGUAACGGAAAUAUGGUGAAACUUCUGCUUGAUCGAGGAGCUAAAAUUGAUGCCAAAACAAGAGACGGUCUGACACCUCUUCAUUGCGGGGCAAGGAGCGGCCAUGAACAAGUUGUGGAAAUGCUACUGGACAGAGGAGCUCCUAUUCUUUCCAAAACCAAGAAUGGUCUGUCCCCACUGCACAUGGCAACCCAAGGAGAUCAUUUGAACUGUGUUCAGCUUCUGCUCCUACAUAAUGUGCCUGUGGAUGAUGUCACCAAUGACUAUUUAACUGCGCUGCAUGUCGCCGCCCACUGUGGACAUUACAAAGUCGCUAAAGUCCUGCUGGAUAAGAAAGCCAACCCAAAUGCCAAAGCACUGAAUGGCUUCACACCACUUCACAUUGCCUGCAAGAAAAACCGGACUAAAGUAAUGGAGCUUCUCCUGAAGCAUGGGGCAUCUAUUCAGGCGGUUACAGAGUCUGGACUGACGCCAAUCCACGUUGCUGCCUUCAUGGGACAUGUCAAUAUUGUUUCCCAGUUAACGCAUCAUGGAGCUUCACCUAACGCGACUAAUGUGAGAGGAGAGACUGCGCUGCAUAUGGCCGCCAGAGCUGGGCAAUCAGAAGUUGUAAGAUAUCUUUUGCAAAAUGGAGCUCAAGUAGAAGCUAAAGCAAAGGAUGAUCAGACACCUCUACACAUAUCAGCUCGACUGGGAAAAGCAGACAUUGUUCAGCAAUUACUCAAGCAAGGAGCCUGUCCAGAUGCAGCAACAACAUCUGGCUAUACUCCACUGCACCUGGCUUCAAGAGAGGGACAUGAUGAUGUGGCUUCUGGUCUACUGGACCAUGGGGCAUCCUAUUCCAUAGUCACAAAGAAAGGAUUUACUCCUCUACAUGUUGCUGCAAAAUAUGGGAAGCUUGAAGUUGCCAAACUGCUAUUACAAAAAAGUGCAUCUCCAGAUGCUGCAGGAAAGACCGGUCUAACACCACUGCAUGUUGCGGCACACUAUGAUAACCAGAAAGUGGCAUUGCUAUUAUUGGAUAAAGGAGCAUCCCCUCAUGGAGCUGCAAAGAAUGGGUACACACCUCUACACAUUGCAGCAAAGAAAAACCAGAUGGAAAUAGCCACCACGUUACUGGAAUAUGGGGCAGAUGCCAAUGCAAUGACCAAGCAAGGAAUUGCUCCCAUUCAUCUCGCUGCCCAAGAAGGCCAUGUUGACAUGGUGUCUUUGCUUCUCACCAGAAAUUCCAAUGUCCAUGUUAUCAACAAGAGUGGACUUACACCUCUUCACCUGGCAGCGCAAGAGGAUAGAGUGGGAGUGGCCCAGGUUCUGACCAAUAAUGGAGCAGGCUCUGACGGUACAACAAAGAUGGGAUACACUCCUUUGCAUGUGGCAAGCCAUUACGGGAACAUAAAAAUGGUCAAUUUCUUACUGCAACAUGGUGCUAAAGUGAAUGCCAAAACCAGAAAUGGUUAUACUGCUCUACACCAGGCUGCUCAGCAGGGACAUACCCAUAUCAUUAACGUGUUGCUCCAGCAUGGUGCGUCACCCAAUGAAGUCACUGUGAAUGGCAAUACUGCUCUGGCUAUAGCUCGUAGACUGGGUUAUAUUUCAGUGGUCGAUACACUGAAAGUGGUGACAGAGGAGACCCUGACUACAGUUAUGGUGACUGAAAAACAUAAAAUGAACGUCCCAGAAACAAUGAACGAGGUUCUGGACAUGUCAGAUGAUGAAGGUGAGGAUGCAAUGACCGGCGACACGGACAAGUACCUUGGACCACAAGAUCUGAAAGAACUGGGGGAUGAUUCUUUACCUCAAGAAGGGUAUAUGGGCUUCAGCAUAGGAGCCAGAUCAGCCAGCCUCCGCUCCUUCAGUUCGGAUAGGUCCUACACACUGAACAGAAGCUCCUUCGCUCGGGACAGUAUGAUGAUCGAAGAACUCCUUGCGCCUUCAAAGGAACAGCAUCUUUCAUUUACAAGAGAAUUUGACUCAGACUCACUUAGACACUAUAGCUGGGCUGCGGACACGUUGGACAAUGUCAAUCUCGUCUCAAGUCCAGUGCAUUCUGGCUAUUAUUCUACUCUUCCAGUGUAUGAUGCAAGUUUUUUGGUUAGCUUCAUGGUGGAUGCACGUGGAGGUUCUAUGAGAGGGAGUCGACACAAUGGAAUGAGAAUUGUCAUACCGCCAAGAAAAUGCACGGCACCUACUCGCAUUACCUGCCGUCUGGUCAAAAGGCACAAACUAGCAACUCCCCCACCAAUGGUAGAAGGAGAAGGACUGGCAAGUCGGCUGGUUGAAAUGGGCCCAUCAGGGGCUCAGUUUUUGGGACCUGUGAUUGUAGAAAUUCCCCAUUUUGGAUCAAUGAGAAGUAAGGAGAGAGAAUUGAUUGUACUGAGAAGUGAGAAUGGCGAGUCAUGGAAAGAGCAUCAAUAUGACUGCAAGCUGGAGGAGCUGACAGAGUUACUCAAUGGCAUGGAUGAAGAACUGGACAGUGCAGAAGAACUGGAGAAAAAGAGGAUAUGCAGAAUCGUUACAAAGGAUUUCCCCCAAUACUUUGCUGUUGUGUCUCGGAUAAAGCAAGAGAGUAACCAAAUUGGACCAGAAGGUGGGGUUCUGAAGAGUACAACGGUCCCACUUGUUCAGGCAUCCUUCCCGGAGGGGGCACUGACUAAAAGAAUUCGAGUAGGCCUUCAGGCACAGCCGGUACCCGAUGAACUUGUCAAGAAAGUAAUUGGAAACAAAGCAACAUUCAGCCCCAUUGUCACAGUUGAACCCAGAAGGCGGAAAUUCCACAAGCCAAUAACUAUGACAAUUCCAGUACCGCCACCGUCUGGUGAAGGUGUAAGCAAUGGCUAUAAAGGAGACACCACCCCAAGUUUAAGGCUACUGUGCAGUAUUACAGGUGGGACUUCUCCAGCUCAGUGGGAGGAUAUUACAGGGACUACGCCUUUAACCUUUGUCAGUGACUGUGUCUCUUUUACAACCAAUGUAUCCGCCAGAUUUUGGCUUGGUGAUUGCCAUCAAAUCCCCGAAACUGUAAGCCUAGCGACACAGCUUUACAGGGAGUUGAUAUGUGUUCCCUAUAUGGCCAAGUUUGUUGUUUUUGCUAAAAUGAAUGAUCCCGUAGAAGCCCGACUGCGCUGCUUCUGUAUGACUGAUGACAAAGUGGACAAAACCCUGGAACAGCAAGAAAACUUUGAAGAAGUUGCUAGGAGUAAAGACAUUGAGGUUCUAGAAGGAAAAACAAUCCACGUCGACUGCUACGGAAAUCUAGCUCCACUAACUAAAGGAGGACAACAGCUUAUAUUUAAUUUCUAUGCUUUCAAAGAAAAUAGACUACCGUUUUCUGUAAAGGUGAGAGACCCCAGCCAAGAACCUUGUGGUCGCUUGUCCUUUUUGAAAGAACCAAAGACAACAAAAGGCCUGCCACAGACUGCUGUCUGCAACCUCAACAUUACUCUUCCAACGCAGAAGAAGGAAACAGAGUCAGACCAAGAUGAUGAGAUGGAGAAAGUGGACCGUCGUCAGAACUUUGUGUCUUUAGCUUUGCGUAAGCGAUACAGCUAUUUGACUGAGCCUGGAAUGAAACCAGUUGAACGGAGCACAGGAACAACAAGACCUGUCCCUGCCACUUAUGCUUACAAGCCAGGCUUUCCAACAAGACCCUAUCAGUCAUGGACAACUGCUCCAAUUACAGUCCCUGGGCAGACCAAAUCAGGCUUUACCUCCCUGUCAAGCUCCUCUUCUAAUACACCAUCAGCAUCCCCAUUAAAAUCAAUUUGGUCUGUUUCCUCUGCUUCUCCAAUAAAAUCCACACUAGGAGCUUCUACUACAUCUUCUGUUAAAUCUGUUAGUGAUGUAGCAUCACCAAUAAGAUCAUUUCGGACAAUCGCUUCUCCGAUAAAAACUGUUGUGUCUCAGCCUCCGUAUACAAUUCAAGGCUCUACAGGGUCACCAAUUAGGGCUUCUACAAUAGCAGAAGCUGCUGCUUUCAAGGGAUUGUCUUCAUCCUCAGUUUUCACUUCCAGAACUUCUCCAGUGACCACUGCUGGGUCUCUUUUAGAAAGAUCAUCCAUCACAAUGACACCUCCCGCCUCCCCUAAAUCUAACAUCAAUAUGUAUUCUUCAACUUUGCCUUUCAAAUCAAUCAUUACUUCUGCAGGGUCACUUUCAUCUUCAGCUCUCAAAUCUGUGGUUUCUCCUGUCGUCUCUGCUACUUCUAAAGUGAAUAUUGCAUCUACUCUUUCUUCACCAUUAAAGAUUGGGAAUGGUCCAAGUGAGGUUGGAUUAAUGAAUGGGUCUGCCUCACCUCUAAAGUACCCACUUUGUUCAAAUUACAUCAAUGGCUCAGCUGUAAAUUUUCAAGACAAAAUAUCAGCAGUUACAAAAUCAGCAACUGCUUCAGUUAGCACAACAAUUGAGACAGCGGAAAAAAGCUACUCCAUUCCCACUACUUCGCAAAUGUCAUAUUCACCUCUCAAGUCUUUCACAUCAACCGCUUCAGCUUUUCAAACCAUAAGAACUCCCCCUACUGGUGCAGUUUACACAUCUUUUAGGUCUGCUCUGUCCUCUACUACCUCAUCUGUUACAUCGUCAACCUUUACUGUACCAGUAUAUUCUGUAGUAAAUGUUUUGUCAGAACCAACCUUAAAAAAAUUGACGGAGUCUGCAUCAUUGACUAAAUCCGCUGCUGCUCUGUUAUCGCCAUCAAAAAAUGCAUCAGCAGACACAACCAGUCAAUUUAGUCGAAUUUCUUCACCUCUUAAAACAUCCUUAUUUUUGUCUCCUGCUGCCCUCAAGUUAUCUGCUACCUCUCCAUUGUCUUCAAGUCAGGAGAUCUUAAAAGAUGUUGCUGAUAUGAAAGAAGACUUAAUAAGAAUGACAGCAAUUUUACAGACUGAUACUUCUGAAGAUAAACCAUAUCACUCAGAAUUACCUAAAGAAGUUAAAAUUGAAGAUGAAGAGCCAUUUAAAAUAGUAGAGAAAGUAAAAGAGGACCUGGUCAAAGUCAGUGAAAUUUUGAAAAAAGAUGUGUUUUUGGAAAAAAUGACAUCUCUUUGUGGUCAGGGGCAAUCACCAGAAGAUGACUGGGUAGAAUUUAGUAUGGAGGAACUUGAAGAAGCUAGAGAGUGUGCCAGCACCACCCCACUAUUUUACCCAACAGACAAAGUGGAGUUAAAAUCUAGAACUUUAUCUGAAAAAGACUAUAAUUUAACAAAGGUCAUUGAUUACUUGACAAAUGACAUUGGUGGUAACACAUUUUCAAACUUGAAAUACAAAUAUGAUGAUGGGAAAAAAGAAGGAGAAGAAAAGCAAAAAAGAGUUCUGAAACCAGGUAUAGCGCUACAGGACCAUAAACUCAAAAUGCCCCCAUCAUCAAUGAGAUCUUCGGCUUCUGAAAAAGAGUUGUGUAAAAUUGCAGACUCUGUCUUUGGAACAGACAUGAUUUUAGAGUCACCAGAUGACUUUUCACAACACGAGCAGGACAAAAGUCCUUUGUCUGAUAGUGGAUUUGAAACAAGAAGUGAAAAAACGCCAUCGGCCCCUCAGAGUGCUGAAAGCACUGGUCCUAAGCCACUUUUUCAGGAUGUACCCAUCCCACCAAUGAUUACUGAAACAAGAACUGAAGUAGUGCAUGUUAUAAGAAGCUAUGAGCCUUCAAGUGGGGAGAUUAUAGAACCUGAAAAUGGGGAAAUUCCACAAAUAAAACCAGAUAAAUCUUUUAUGGAGCUAGAACAAAGUUCACCUGGAUCCAUAAAAGUCAAAUGUAAGGGAUUUCAGGUUAAAUCUGGAAUUGAUGAGGAGGACCACACAGGGCUUUUAGGAAAAGGAGUACGAGUAAAAGAAGAAACUCAUAUCACAACUACUACGAGAAUGGUUUAUCAUCAACCUCCUCCUUCUGAAAAAGCAGAAAGGAUGGAGGAAACUAUGUCUGUUCAUGAUAUAAUGAAAGCUUUCCAGUCUGGCCGAGAUCCAUCUAAAGAGCUUGCAGGUCUGUUUGAACACAAAACUUCAGUAGCUUCGGAUGUUCAGAAUUGUACAGAAAGCCCACAACAACUUGCUGAAAGGGACACCAAAAUGAAACCAAAACUGGAGCGCAUAAUUGAGGUCCAUAUUGAAAAAGGUAACCAGGCUGAACCUACAGAAGUCAUUAUUAGAGAAACAAAAAAACAUCCAGAAAAGGAGAUGUAUGUUUAUCAAAGGGACUUUUGUCAGGGAGACCUAAACAGCAAAGAUAUGGUAACAGAAAAAAGUAAAAUAUUUUUAUACUCAGAUGAACAAGGGCAGGCUGAAGAAGAGGAGCUAACAGCCGAAGAGUCCUUACCAUCUUAUUUAGAGUCUUCAAGAGUAAAUACCCCAGUAUCUCAAGAAGAAGACAGCCGCCCAAGUUCAGCUCAGCUUAUCUCUGAUGACUCAUACAAAACAUUAAAAUUAUUGAGUCAGCAUUCAGUAGAAUAUCACGAUGAUGAAUUAUCAGAACUAAGAGGGGAGUCAUAUCGCUUUGCUGAAAAAAUGCUCCUUUCUGAAAAAUUAGAUGAUGCAGAGGAAUCAGACCAUGCUCUACUCCUUGGAUCGGACUUCCAUCGUACUGAAAAGCACUGCAGAGAGCGAGAAAGAGUGAUCCCAACCGCUAAAAAGGAAAUUCUUUCAAAAAUAUACAAAGAUGUAACUGAAAAUGGUAUAGGUAAAAUGUCCACUGAUGACUCUCGUGAUAAAGUGACAGUGUUGCAUUAUGCUGGAGAUCCCAAAAGUCCCAAACAUGCAAUGUGGAUGCGAUUUACUGAGGAUAGGCUAGAUAGGGGUAGAGAGAAGUUGCUAUAUGAAGACAGAGUAGACAGGACUGUCAAAGAGGCAGAAGAAAAACUGACUGAGGUAUCCCAGUUUUUUCGGGACAAAACUGAAAAACUGAAUGAUGAGCUUCAGUCACCAGAGAAGACAUCCCGCAGAAAGAACAAUAAGGAGGUAGCCUCAGGUCGCAGUUCUACUAACAGUAGUCCUGAAAAAAUUAAAUAUACUGAAAUGAGAACAUCCAGUGAUGACUGGACAAAAAAAAACCAGUUUAUGACUGAUGGAAAAUGUGUCACCUUGGUUGAUGACCGAAAAUCUACAAGUUUGCCUUGCAGUCCAGAAAAGAGGGUUUUUGACCAUAAGGCAGAGAGUCAACAAUCAGGUUCACAAUCUGGCUUCCAACUAACACAGUCAAAGCUCAGCUCUAUUAAACUAAAAUUUGAGCAAAGUAUAAAUCUCAAAAACAAGGACAGUUCACAGGAAGAAAAAAAACAUGAGUCUCCAUCAAAAAUUCCUGUGAAGAAAACACAGGACAGUCGACUUCCAUUUUUACAGUUCCACACAAAGGAUAAACAACAAAAAACAAUUGAUGAAAUGAAUGGAGAGCUACCUUUGCUCAAAGAGUCUAUUACAGAAGCCAUUAAUGAAGAAUGUUCCAAAUUCAAAGAAAGGAUUAAAAAUAGUGCUGGAUUUUUAGAUCAGAAACCUGAAAAAUUGAUUGGAGGACUAAAAGACCAAUACGUACCACAAUCAACAAACACUACAACUGGCCAUACUGUUUCUCCGGACAAGAAAGUUUACAGAACAUGGGAAAUGUCUGGCAGUGCACAUCAGAAAACACAAAAGGAAAAGCUGAAACAUGUGAUCAUACAGGACAAAGAUUCAGAAUUGGAUGGAGCUCAUCUUCCAGCCCAACAAACUGUUAAAGAACAAACACCGACCAGGAGUGGAUCUACCACAAAUGAAAUAAAGGAGAAUUAUGUUAAAUCUCCUUCUAAAAAACUUUUAUACACUGAACUUGCUCGUAAGGAUGUAGGAUAUACUAAUGAAGAAAAACUUGAGAGCAGGAAAGAAGGGACAGGUUCUCAUAUCUCUAGAAUUAAUGAAGAGAAGAAAGGAUUAAGCAGUGUUGAUAAUAUUAGCAGCCAAUCAAAAAUUAAUAGGGAAGGCACUAGUGCACCAAUAUCACCAAUAACUAAGCAGAUUAAGCCUGAUAUUCUUCAUUCUGCUUUCAUUACAGAUGAAAGCAAUAGACGCACUAGUAGUGGCCUGCAGGGCAAAGCACAAGAUUACCUUGGGUUUUCACCUUAUAAUGAAGAUACUGAGCUCUCCCCUGUUAAAUCCCCAGAUUCUUUAGAGAUUAGUCCUAGCAAAGACAGAUUAGCUGGCUUGCAUGAAUCUAUGACAUCUGAGGACAGAAAUUCAACAGCGAAUGCAGAAGUGUUAAAGGAGAUAAAAACACUACCAGUCUAUGUUAGUAUUGUACAGGUAGGAAAACAAUAUGAGAAAGAGGUGCAACAGGGAGGUGUUAAAAAGGUUGUUAGCCAGGAAAGUAGGACAGUUCAGGAAACUAGAGGUACACUUUUUUCUAUUAAACCACAGAAACAGCCCCCAUCUCCUCAGGGCAGCCCUGAAGAUGAUACCCUGGAACAGGUGUCCUUUAUAGAUAGCUCAGGAAAAAGUCCUUUAACUCCAGAGACACCUAGUUCAGAGGAAGUCAGCUAUGAAUUUAAUUCCAAAACUCCUGACUCCUUAAUGCCAUAUAUACCAGGAAAACCAAGUCCAAUACCUGAAGUAUCUGAAGAAUCAGAGGAGGAAGAAGUAGUAAAAUUACCAUCUAUUAAACAAAACAUCCCAGAUGUCCAAAAUAUUGACAUAGUAAAACCAGUUACUCUUAGCAGGGACUCAAGCAAAAGAACAAAGGACAAUAGAGUGGCAUAUAUUGAAUUUCCUCCUCCGCCACCUCUAGAUUCUGAAAACAGUGAUUCAAGUAAAAAACAUUUUGAAAAUUCAACAGAUAGUGAAAUGGAACUUACUGAAGUUAAUUUACAAGAUGAUCAGGACAAAUUUCUUUCAGCGGAACCAGUAAUUAGAGUGCAACCACCGUCUCCUGUCCCCCCUGAAUUAGAUGCCACUGAUUCUAGUGAUGACGAAUCUGUUCUCCAACCUGUUGCAAUUAAAAAGUAUACCUUUAAAAUUAAAGAUGAAGAAGUAAAAGAGUGUACAAAGAUAAAUGGUUCUGGGAAGCCUUGUCCUCAAAAACAGUCUUUUGAAAUGGAUAUGGGUUUAAGUUCCCCAUCCAAUGACCUAGAGCAAAAUGGUAAUGGCAACGACCAGUCUAUUACUGACUGUUCUAUAGCAACCACUGCGGAAUUCUCACACGAUACUGAUGCAACUGAGAUUGAUUCUCUUGAUGGUUAUGAUCUGCAAGAUGAAGAUGAUGGGCUGACUGAGAGUGAGGCAAAACUUGGGCUAAUGCUGGAUGUUGAUGUUAAAAAGGACCCGUGGUCUAAAGAAAGUGUUCUGAAACAUAGUGAUCGCAGCUUUAGCCAAAGUAAGCUUGAAGUUAUAGAAGAAGAAAAGGGAGUAACUGAGGAGUACAAACCAUGUAGAAAGAUAUCUGAUGACGAAAAGAACACAGAUCAAAGUGACAAGAAGGAAGAAGGGGCACCAUCCUAUUCCUUAGAAGGAAGGCAUCCAGAUAGACCAGUGUUUACAGACACAUACUUUAGUUACAAAGUGGAUGAAGAGUUUGCAACACCUUUUAAAACAGUAGCUACAAAGAGCCUUGACUUUGAUCCCUGGUCCAGUAAACCAGGAGAUGAUGAUGUGUUUGAAACAAAAUCCAAAGAUGACGAACCCAAGCCUUUUAGUCUGGCUGUAGAAGAUCGUUCUCAGGCAACCACACCAGACACAACUCCUGCCAGAACUCCUACAGAUGAAAGUACACCAACUAGUGAGCCCAAUCCCUUCCCAUUUCAUGAAGGGAAGAUGUUUGAGAUGACUCGCAGUGGUGCUAUUGACAUGAGCAAGAGGGAUUUUGUUGAAGAAAGACUCCAAUUUUUCCAGAUUGGUGAGCAUAAUUCUGAAGGGAAGUCAGGGGACAAGGGGGAAGGGGACAAAAUUACUUCCAUCACACCUCCACAGUCAGGGGACAUCUUGGUAGAUCCCAUCCUAGAAAAACAAGUAGAGACAUCUACAGUUGAACAUUCUACCAUCAUCCAGGGAAAUGGAGAUUGUCUUGAUGCAACAAAUGGUAAUAAUUCAUUGGAGAAAUCAGCAGCUACUACCAAUUGUAAAGUUGAUCCUAAAUUGCGCACACCUAUAAAGAUGGGCAUAUCUGCCUCAACAAUGACCACGAAGAAAGAUGGCCCUGGAGAAGUGGCAGAUAAAACAGAGGCUGUGCCAGAUUCUCAUGUACUAGAUAAUGAUAAGACUGUUUUGACAAACAUAUUAACCAAUGAGACAAUCAUUAGUCACAUAGAAAUUCAUGAUUUUCAGACAGAAAACUAUAAUAAUAACAACAACUUGGAUUCAUUAGCUUUAAAUGUAAACAAUAAUGCAAUUAAUUUGGUAUUAAUUAAAGACUGUGAAUCCAAGUCUGUGGACAAAUGUAGCAAAAUGAAGAGCAGUGUUAAUAAAGAACAGGGGACAGCCAGUCUAGACAUGGAUAGGGAAAAGAAAAGAGCUCAAAAUAGUCAACAGAAACUGACAGAUUCAUCAGGGAGUAAACCAAGAUCUAAACUGCCGGUUAAAGCCAUAUCAGUUAAACCAGUAACUAACCAGUCCAGCAAUACAAACACUUCAUUCAGUAGAAGAACAGCGCUUUUUAAAAAUGAGAAAGACACAAAACAGGAACACAUAUCCAGUAUAGAUGGUAGGUCUUCUAAGAUCCCCAUAAAGAACAUGAGUAAAGUAAAUACAACAAUACAGAGAAAAGCUGCACCAAAACCUAAGCAGAAACAAUUAGAGAAGGAGGCAACUAAACCGACUCCUUCAAAGUUACCAGUAAAGGUAAGAUCUUUGCCUUCUGCCACGUCAGCAGCCAAAGUAAAGAAUCAUGAGUUCAGUGAGGUUUGUAAACACUCUAUUGAAUAUUUUAAGGGAAUUAGUGGUGAGACUUUAAAGCUUGUGGACCGCCUUUCUGAUGAAGAGAAAAAGAUACAGCCUGACCUCUCUGAUGAUGAAGACAGUACAUCGAGAAAUACGUCAUUAUCUGAAGCCACCCAAGUCUCCCAGCCUUCAGUAACAUCGAGGUCUGCUAAAGACAUGAAAGCAGACGCAACAUCUUUAAAAUCAAAGAUUGAAAAGACCGACAGUGAGAGAAGGAGCAGUAGAAGGACUGGUCCACAGAGUCCAUGUGAACGGACUGACAUAAGGAUGGCCAUAGUUGCUGAUCAUUUAGGACUUAGUUGGACGGAACUUGCAAGAGAAUUGAAUUUUUCAGUUGAUGAAAUUAAUCAGAUUCGUGUGGAAAAUCCAAAUUCUUUGACCACACAAAGCUUUAUACUGUUAAAGAAGUGGGUAAUAAGAGAAGGCAAGAAUGCAACAACUGAUGCCUUAACCAAUGUCCUAACGAAGAUCAACCGAAUAGACAUUGUGACAUUGUUGGAGGGUCCAAUAUUUGACUAUGGAAACAUUAGUGGAACGAGAAGUUUUGCAGAAGACGGCAAUGUGUUCAAUGACUCCGCUGUUGAUGGUUACCCAACCAUCCAAGUGGAACUGGAAACUCCCACUGGCUUGCGUUAUGUGCCACCCACCCCCAUACACCAAGAUGAUUUCUUUAGUGAUAACUCUAGCAUAGAGUCCCCCUUUAGAACUCCUAGUAGACUGAGUGACGUAUUAGUAACUCCACAGGGCAAUGGAGACAUUUUAGCUGCUCCACCCAUGGUGGCUGCAGAAGACACGUCACUAGAUGACGGCAGACUUGACUAUUUAAUUCACAGUCCUGGUGCUUCUUAUGAAAUGGCCAUUCAUCGGGUGAAAUUUGAAGAUGUAAAAUUGCACGAUGAACCUCUAAAUGAGGGUAGCUACAUUGAAGUUGAAAAGUCUGCUCAAAGAGGAGAGGAAUCUGAGGCGUAUGAGAGAGAUGCAUCUGGUCCUGAGGAGGAGAUGACCGAAGAAAGGCUUAAAUUACUAUUUAAGCAACUUCACCUUGAAGAGGUAGAGUCAGAGGAGAUGACUGAAGAGAAGGUGCAGGCUAUCCUCAGAAAUGUUCAACAAGCAGAACAAGAACUUUCUUCAAUUUCAGGUUGGCACACAGAUACAAUGAGCACCCAGGCAGAACAUACAGAGAGGAAAAUCGGCAGUGAACUGUUGGAAAGAUUGGAUGACAGCCAUGAGACAAUUACCUCAUACCUCAAAGGAGAAGUAGGAAGGCUGGAAUCUAGUGUCAGUCCUUCUGAGUCACUAACAGAGGGUAAGACCAGUUCCAGCAUGCUAGAGAUGGACCCUGUGAAAAUGAAUGACAAACAGAAACCAAAAUCACUCCAAGGAACAAAUGGAAGAGGAGAGCAGAAGGUGGUAAUAGGAGAGCAUAAGAGCUCAUUACCUGUUAGUGCUAAAAGGACUGGCUUGGACGAUGGCAGAUCUAGGCCCCACUCCCAUGCAGACGAAGGAGCAUCUGCAGAAAAGUCUGCUGGUAAAACAUGCCUAAAAUGCAUUUAUCAGGAUUCUAGUGGCAGUGACAGUGAAUAUGAGUCAAGCUCAGAUGAGGAACAAAGGAUCACUACGAAAAUUACUCGACGGAGAUUGAUAUAUAAGGGGGAUGAAGUAAAAAACAUUCCUGGUGAAUCUGUUACGGAAGAACAGUAUACAGAUGAAGAAGGCAACAUCAUCACCCGAAAAGUGACACGGAAAGUCGUGAGACGAGUUAUGGUUCCACAAGAGAAAAAAGUUGGUGGAACUGUAAUAGUUGGGAGUGAGGCCUAUAAAGUGAAAACCAAGAAGGAAGUCCGACAUGUUGAGAAGAAAAGUUUUUCAUAAUACCAUAGUGCUUAAGGAUCGAUGGUUACUGCCAGUAUUCUGAAGACACUUUCAGAAGAACAGAAAUUUUAGUGAAAAUCACUGAAAACAGUGUGUUUGCUGCUUCCACACAUUAACCGCAUGGGUUUUUUUAAUGCAAGAAACCUUUAUUUUAGCAUGAGCCAAUUAAACUGAGCAUGGAAAAAUCACCUUUCAUUCAGACGGGGUCAAGGAGUGUGCAGUUUACAAUGCAGUGUAUAUAUAUAUAAGAUACCAUGCUGGUCUGGUCAUCAAUCCAAGCAUCGGGAGAUCCCUGCAACACUAUCCAAGAAGAUGACAUUGGUUGGACUUGUGGAAGACCUAUAAUAAUCACUAAAUAAGCAACAGUUCGCCUUAUUUUAUCUGAACCCUAAAAGUCGGGGUCUAAAAAUGCUCUUUUCUUUUAUAAAUCAUCAAUUGCUGUAAAUAAGUGACACUUGUAUAAAAUUCUAACAAGACUACAGUUCAUGUUAAUAACGCAUCGAUCGGAUGUCGCUCACACAUUCAUAAAUCCAGAUAGACAUCUAGUAAGACUUCACAGAUGGGUCAGUAUACUGGGUGCGUCUUCACAAAAUCUUGUAUAUUAUCAACUAAAAUAUUUGUAUAUGGAAAAAAAAAAAAACACAACCAAGCGGAUUUUACACAAUUUCUUUAAUUCUGCUGCAAACGUAAAUAGUACACGGGAAAAAAAAUAAAAUACGGGAACGUUGGCAGUCCCGGGACAUUUAAUAUUUUGGUGCAUGUAUCUCUCUCACCUUGAUUUGAAUUCAGGAUUUUAUUUUCAACUUUGCAAAGGUUACACUAAACAGGAAUCAAACGACAUUAUAGCUCUUCUUUACACAAAGCCCUUUAUUUAAUCUUGUCGCUGUUGCCAAUAUACUUUCAUGAACUUUGAAGAGAAAUAAAAUAAUAUAUUCUACAGUUGUGCAUAGUGAUAGGCACUAACUGUAUUGCUUUGACGAAGGUUGGGCUUGUGGCUUAAGAGGUGACCCUGUGCUUGGGCAAAGCACAAGCAACUGAAAAGGAGCAAAUAGAUCUUAGGCAAGCAGCACGAUGUAAAGUCUUUACUGUAUUGUGUACUGGCUAUAAGAUGUAGACUCUUUUCAGUCAAGCCGAUCAUCUGUAUUCAUUCUAGCAGUGUAAUAUUAGGUUGUUAAUGCUGCUGUGUUUUAAAGGGCAUUUUUAUUUGGGUUUUGGUGAAAUCUUUUUAUUUGUUGAUUCUCUUCAUAUGGAAACAGCAUUCAUUGAUAAUAGCUCUAAUAACAAUGUAUGAAAUCAAAACACUGGAUGAUCUAGUUGAUUAUUUAAAACAACAAAAAAAUAAAUUGUGUUUAAAACUG